AUGAGGAGCCUCCAGGACUUUUUAAAAUUGCACCUAGAGAGAGAAACAGAAGGAACUGGUCCAAUCGCCUGCCGCUGCCGCCGCUGCUGCAGGAAUUCUCCUCCUUCAUCUCCCUUAAACGUGUUGGGAUCUGAGUGGAGGCUGGAACUCUGGGAACAGAGCGCACAAGUUUCGGAAGGUGUUGGACGGGCUGACCACCUCCUCUCCGGGGGGGACUAUCGGGUCUCCAUCGUGCGGCAGCGCGGCUGGGACUCCCACCGCGGCGCCGACUCCCAAGGAAAUCGACGUCCAAGAGACUCUGUAUCGGAAAACUUUCAGCUGUGUAAGACGGUGCGUCAUGGCUUCCCUUACCAGCCCACUGCUUUGGCCUUUGACCCUGUGCAGAAGAUCCUGGCCAUCGGCUCCAGAUCAGGCGGCGUUCGGAUACUGGGACGACCCGGGGUGGACUGCUUCUGUCAGCAUGAAAGUGGAGCGGCCGUUCUCCAACUGCAGUUUCUCAUCAACGAGGGGGCGUUAGUCACAGCCUGUGCAGAUGACACACUACACCUGUGGAAUCUGCGCCAGAGGAGACCAGCUGUCCUGCAUUCACUCAAGUUCAACAGAGAAAGGAUCACAUUUUGCCACCUUCCCUUUCAGAGUAAAUGGCUGUACGUGGGGACGGAGCGUGGAAACACACACAUUGUCAACAUCGAGUCGUUCAUUUUGUCCGGAUACGUCAUCAUGUGGAACAAGGCCAUCGAACUAUCAACUAAAACUCAUCCAGGACCCGUGGUCCAUCUGAGUGACAGCCCGAAGGAUGAAGGCAAGCUCCUUAUCGGGUUUGAGAGCGGGACGAUUGUACAGUGGGACCUCCGAGGCAAGAAGGCCGACUUCAGAAUCUAUUACGACGAGGCCAUUCAUUCUGUCAGCUGGCAUCACGAAGGAAAGCAGUUCAUGUGCAGUCACUCGGACGGCAGCCUCACCCUGUGGAACCUCCGGAACACCACCAGGCCCUUCCAGGUCACAUUCCCUCACGGAAAGAUACAGAAGGAUGGGAAGAAGGAGUCGUGUAAACCCAUCCUUAAAGUGGAGUACAAGACCUCCAGGAGCAGUGAGCCUUUCGUCAUCUUCUCUGGGGGUCUGUCGUACGAUAAGGCGGGGCGAAGGCCAACGUUAACCAUCAUGCACGGGAAGGCCAUCACUGUGUUGGAGAUGGACUAUCCUAUAGUGGAGUUCAUGGUGCUGUGUGAGACGCCGUACAACAACGAGGUCCAGGAGCCUUAUGCGGUGGUGGUGCUUCUGGAGAAGGACCUCAUUGUGGUGGAUCUCACACAGAGCAAUUUCCCUGUCUUCGAGAACCCCUACCCUAUGGACGUCCAUGAGUCUCCGGUUACGUGCACAGCCUAUUUCGCUGAUUGUCCGCCUGACAUCAUCCCCAUCCUGUACUCGAUAGGAGCCAAACACAAGAAGACCGGCUACAGCCAAAAGGAAUGGCCGAUCGGCGGUGGAACGUGGACAUUAGGCUCCCACACCUACCCAGAGAUUAUCAUCACAGGGCACGCUGACGGAUCAAUCAAGUUUUGGGACGCUUCUGCGAUCACACUACAGAUGCUGUACAAGCUGAAGACCUCCAAGGCCUUCGAGAAGCCGAAGGUGGGCGAGGGCCGGGCCGCUGAGCUGGUGGAGGAGGACCCCUUCGCCGUUCAGAUGGUCAGCUGGUGUCCUCAGAGUCGGAUCUUCUGUGUGGUCGGCAUCUCAGCUCACAUCAUCCUCUAUCGAUUCAGCAAAUACGACGCCAACACCCAGAUUGUGUCAUUAGACGUGCGUCUUCAGUGUGAGUCGGAGGACGUCAUCUCACCAUCGGAGAAUGAGAACAACCCCUGCUUCACAGAACCUGGAUCCCACUCCCCCCAGCCCCAGCCCCCAGCCAGCCCCAGAGGGGGGACACCGGAGGGGCUGAAGGACAGCGGCCCCUGCCUUAAGGUGAAGGACCGGGUUGUCCGGGUUCCCCCCGGCUACCAGGCGGAGCUGGUCAUCCAGCUGCUGUGGGUCGACGGAGAACCACCGCAACAGAUCACCAGCCUGGACAUUAACUCCGCCUACGGCCUUCUGGCGUUUGGGAACUGUAACGGCCUGGCGGUGGUGGACUACCUCCAGAAAACCCUGCUGUUGUGUAUGUCCACCCUGGACCUGUACGGAGCCGCAGACCCCUACCAGCGCCUUACCCGCUCCCCCCGCAGGAACAGACAGUCCACCUCAGAGUUUUGCAUGCGCGGCCUGUCUAACUUUUAUUCAGAUUCAAAGAAAAGGAUCCGUACAUCCUACCAGAGCCUUACUGAACUCUCUGACAACCAGCAGUCCGUCGACAUGGAGAGAAGCAAGUCCCCCACCUCAGUAAAGGGACCCGGCAGAAAGUUAAGUCUGCCCACAGAUCUUAAGACUGAUCUUGAUCAUGUCAAUGGACAUUGCACUAGCCCCACCUCCCAGCCCUGCUCGGCGGGGAAGCCUCGCGUCCCGGUGGGUCCUGAGGGGCCACGGCUUACCCGCAGAGGCCCCGGCCGACCGCCCUUCCGCAAGGCCCAGUCUGCUGCUUGCAUGGAGAUCUCUUUGCCUGUGUCCCACACUGAAGGUUAUGCGUCCAGGAGGGCAAUGCUUCAACAGUUACAUGGAGUUACUAUGUACUCCCACGACGAGCACCACAGCAGCAGCACCACCACCAGCCCCUACUGCUGGACUGACAGAGAAAGUCGUGAAAACUCCUUCAGCCGCUCGCGCAGCUCCAGCGUGUCCAGCAUCGACCGCGACACCAAAGAGGCCGUCACCACGCUGCAGUUCGGAGAGUCCUACGCACGCAAGACGGACGCCCUGCCCACGCCGUGUCUGUGGGUGGGGACCAGCCUAGGCGUGGUCCUGCUCAUCCCCAUGUCCAUCCCCACGGACCAGGAGGAGCGCAUGGACGAACCCGUCACCAUCGGCCCCAGCGGCGCCGUCCUGUUGCUGAAGGGUUCCGUGUUGCGCUUCGGCUUCUUGGACUGCAUGGGCGCUCUCAUCCAGAGCCCCUACGAGGUCUGGAGGGACCUCAACGCCCCCGAGGACCCCGACCGACCCAGGAGGCGCAAGCUGGUGCAUUUCUCGCCGUCGUCCUCGCAGGACGCCUGCGGGGAGGGGCAUCUGGCCGUGGUGUGUUCGGAGAGGCAGGCCAAAGUCUUCUUGAUGCCCUCGCAGUCUUGCCUCUUCGUCCACAACAUCACGGAGUCGUCGUUCGUGCUGCGAGCCGACGUGGUGUCGGUGUGUAACAGCGCGUGCUUGGCCUGCUUCUGCGCCAACGGACACGUCAUGACGCUCAGUUUGCCCAGUCUCAGACCGCUGAUGGACGUCAACUACCUUCCUCUGACCGACAUGCGCAUCGCCAGAACCUUCUGCUUCACCAACGGGGGGCAGGCGCUGUACCUGAGCUCCCCCACAGAGAUCCAGAGGAUCACCUACAGCCAAGAGAUGUGUGACAACCUGCAGGAGAUGCUGGGGGAGCUGUUUACACCCAUAGAAACACCGGAGGCUCAGAACAGAGGCUUUCUGAAGGGCUUUUUUGGAGGAAACGCUCAUACCUUCGACAGAGAAGAGCUGUUCGGCGAGGCGGCGGCUGGGAAGGCGUCUCGGAGUCUGGCCCAGCACAUCCCCGGGCAGGGCGGCGUGGAGGGCAUGAAGGUGGCGGCCGGCGGAGCGGUGGGGGAGCUGGCACGAGCCCGCAUCGCUCUGGAUGAGAGAGGCCAGAGGCUGGGAGAGCUGGAGGAACGAACCGCCCUGAUGAUGACCAGCGCCGAAACCUUCUCCAAACACGCCCACGAGCUGAUGCUGAAGUGCAAGGAUAAGAAGUGGUACCAGUUCUAAGAGCAGGACUCGUGGGUCGCAGCCGCCCUCGGACGGUUCGGAGCUUCGUGCCGGGACAGGGACCUUCACUCUAGAGACGAUGGCACUUCAAAGACAGACUCAAGAGUGACUUUGUCUUUACGACUUCUGGACUGGCUACAUGUACCGCACCGUCACAACGCUGAAGGACAAGGACGAGGGUCGGAUCCUCGUCUUGACGUGUAGUGAAGAAGGACAGGAAACGAGGCGGCAUCGGUAGACGCUGGAGGUGGAGAUGGAGACGUCCGAAAAAAAAAAAAAAAAAAAGUCUGUCCGACGUGUGUGUGAUCGCGUGGAUGCGUGAGUGUGUGAGUGCGACGUGGUUUGGUUUUUCUGGACCUCACUGUGUAGAUACUGAAAAGUUAAGAAACCAACAAGAAAUGCAUGAAAUCAAAAUGGAUGACUAUUAAAAAUAUCCAACUGCCAUAUUAAAAAGCAGCAUGCGACUUUAACAGGAAAUACAAAAAGUUUUAUUUAAUAAUGUAAGCCAACAACAGAAACUAUGAGAAACUUUAUAUUUUUUGAAAUACUGACAAAAAACUAUAUAUAAAAAGGGAAAUGUAUACCCGCAUUGCUAUUAAGCCAAAACUUCUGUUCCUUUUCCCUUUGUUUUUUUUUUUAAAUUACUCCUUUGUUUGUUCUAUAUUUUUUCUUAGUCUCAUCAAAUAUUACUUGACACAAUAUAAAUGCACAUAGUUAGCUUUCUCUACAGACACUAUGAAUAACGCUAAAUCUAUGUUCUUAUGAAUGACUUUGAGCUGCACACUGCAAACACACGUCAGUAGUAUUAACACUUAACCGGGCACAGUCUUCACACUCCUUUAACGUUCUUUUUUUUUUUUUUUUUUUCGGCUGCUGCAACUUUAACAAAAAGACUAUUUCACUCCCCGACUGAGAAGGAAGCAGAACAGAUUGGAAGGAAAACGCUGAAAGACAAAACAUUUUCUGAACAGAGUUUGUAAAUCUAUAUACGAUUCAUGUGCCAUAAAAAGAGAAAAAAAAUCUAAAUGUAUGUCAAACACAGACGGGUGAAUGUUCCCGCUGUGGUCAGAGCUAAUCUGUGGUAGUCGUCAUGUUUCUAUGGAUGAGGUGUAGUUACAGAGUUUGGCCACAGGGGGGCGUUUAUCAAAGUCAACCGAGUCUUCUGCAAAAAAAACAAACACAUGAGGGUGAUUUUUUUGUGUUUUUUAAUUGAAUUUUUGUUUUUUGUUUUUUUGGUUGUCGAUGGUAAAACAUUCGCGUCUCCAGCUGCCUUCGUCAAACGUACACGUCAAAGCGCCGUCGGGCUGUUUUUGCGUGCGAAUCAGCCCUCAACAAGAACUGGGGUGUCAUCCACGAGAAACGAAAGGACGAAAAUGACUCAAUACGUGUUCAGAAAAAUACAAAAAUACAACAAUAAACAAGUCCGAUCUGCUCUGACGCAACAAUAAGAGUCUUUUCGUACUUUUAGGGACACCGCCGCCGAUGAGUCUUAAUCACAAAAGACACUUUCAAAACCUCAGUGCAUCAUGGGAUACGAAACAUGUUUGCGUGCAGGAAAGAGCGCGUCACAUGUUCAAACUGACAAAACCAGGUGACACCCUUUUGUCUUGCUGUAACGUUUUUGUUUUUUUUGUUUUGUUUUGUAUUUUUUCCUCGGUCCUCUUCUCAUGAACACAAGCGAAUGAUUGUUUCUCUGAUGGAUACGAAGAAGGGUCGGCGUCGCGUUCACGUCCACGCAACUGGUUUCUAAUAAUUAGCGAUACGAGGGACGAGUAAGUGUAUUUCUUUCAGUGCUGUUCAGAUGUGAGUCGGUGAAGAAACUAUGUACAUGUGUAAAACAUUUGCAACAACUGGAGGCGAAUCUGUUCUUUUUUUAUUUCCGUUGAAUAUUGUUCUUGAUGACUAUGAUAUUCCCGUGUCGCGGUCCUAUAUUUGAUGGUGACGGCCUCUCAACUGAAGGCUCUUGUAUGUUAAAAACAACAGGUGUUUCAUGAUACAUGGUCGUGUAUCAUAUUGUGAUUGUGUCGUACAUGUCAAUGGGUAGCCACAUGACACAAGGUGACAACAUUCAGUGAGAAGGAUAUUUUGUACUUGUGUAUUUGUCUGUAUUUUUCAAUUGAUCUGAAGAACCAAACCGAGGAAUUAUCGAUAUCCGUCUCUCACGCAUCAGGCCUUGAAAUACGAAGCGUCGCGCCUCGAUCCUGUUGACGUCUUUCCCGCGUAGAAAACACAGUCGUCGCCGCUACGAGGCGUUCCUUAAACUGGAAGUCACCUGAAAUCCAUCAAA